CAGAAAAACAUUGUGAAUAUUCACGGAAACUGUUUUCAGACUACUAAUCUAAUUUCAGACUAUUUAUCUGUCAAAUACAAGUUGGAAUGAAAAAGCAAUGGAUGUCUUAUUUAAGAAUGGACUAACAUUGUGUCUUUUGAUAUACUUUGUAAAAUUCAGUUCCGUUUUUUGUGAUGGUGUAAGUUUCAAAAAAUAUUUUUACAAUGACAAUGACUAUGGAAAAUGCUUACCAAAUACGACCGCUUUCGAAUCUAAAGCGCAAGACCCAGUUGCAUGUGGCAAAAUGUGUCACUUAAACAACGCUUGUGAAAGCUUUCACUACCAACCAGAGACUCAUCAGUGCUUUGGAUGCCGCUACAAGCGUUAUGAUGCUCCACCACUCAGAGAUGAUGAAAAAAGGACCCGUUCAAUGUAUUUUACGCCGGUUGAAAACUUCCCCUCUGACUGUAAGGAUAUUCUUCAGAACAACAUACACGCUAAGACUGGAGUGCAUGAAAUUAAGCUGUGGAAAUCCAGAAAAACGCUGAAUGUCUUCUGCGAUAUGGACACGGCAGGUGGGGGUUGGACGGUUUUUCAGAACCGGUUCGACGGUGCAAUCAAUUUUAAUGAGAAUUUCACGGCCUAUGAAACUGGAUUUGGAGAAUUGGAAGGUGAAUUUUGGCUAGGCUUGAGGUAUGUACAGGAAAUUGCUGAUCAAAGUGCAACUGAGAUACGGCUGGACCUUUCUGACGGUUUCGGUAGAGAGGGCUAUGAAGCGUUCCAAGACUUCCGUCUUUCUGAAACAUUUUUGUACACACUCCACAUUCGGAAAGAGUCACGCAGCUUCUCCGGAGGAAGGGAACAAUUUGAAGAAGCUUCUACAGGCUUUGCUAGUAACAAUGGCUAUUACUUUGCUGCUAGGGACAGGCUUAAGUAUCAAUACUGUGUUGACGGAGCUGAAAGCGGCUGGUGGCAUGUUGCAGAUGGCUGUGGCGGGGUAGACCUGAACGCUCAUUACCUCAACCCAGGUACACCAUUGAAUGAAUCUACGCAAGGGUUUAAGCAUUUCGGAUUUGCAGGCAGAUACUCUUUGAGAGCAUCCAAAAUGAUGAUACGGAGAAAUUAAACACAACGCACCUCCUGACGUAUUUGAAGUUUGAAAAAAAAAGAAACCAAAAAAGAAUAUUUAAAUCAUUGAAACGGAUGAAUGAAUACGUUCAAAAUUUAACUUGUUAGAUUCGAUACUGAUAUUUCAAGCUGUUAAGGACAAGCCGUAUGUUUUAUCGUUAAUUCUAACACUGUCCGUUCAUUUUCCUAUUAAACCAAAAACAAAAAAGGAUGAAAACAGUGAAUUAUUAUACAACAAUUCAAACAGUGAAUUAUUAUACUUGUACUAUUGUACUUUAAAGUGCUUUAUAUCGUGUUAGAAUCGAAAUAAUAUAUCUUAUUUAGUGAUUUGCUCUAUCGUUCAGAUGCGUAUUAUAAUAUCACUCGGGCUGCGCCCUCGUGAUAUAAUUCCUUCGAAUCUGAACUCCAAACAAUGAUUUAUUCAGCGACAAAUCACUAAAUGAGAUACAUUAUUUCUUAAUCAAUAGUAUCAGUUUUAUGUUUUAGAGAUAUUUAGUAAUACGUAUUUACUUGAAUUGUGAAAAGGCCAUUUUGACUUUAUGUCUCGCCGUAUAGCUUCAUUUUAAAAAAAAUAAUGUUUCUCUUCUAGAUCCACCUGCACUGAAACUCCGGUGAGCAAUAUAGGGGCAUCGUUUGCAUGACUCCUUUGUUUAAAUUCCUUUUAAUAUUAAGAGAUGCUUUAAAUUAAUUCACAUUUCGAGGUAAUUGUGUAUGCAGCUUGGUAGCAAUGCAGAGGGAUGCAAAGAUUAGUAUGUGAAGUAAAAGCUGUACUGUAUUCAUGCUAAAUGAAAAUGUUACACUCAAAAAGUUUUUUUGAUUGAGUUAAGAUGACGUCAUAUAUGACGCCAUGUAAAUUUGUGAAAACAUACAACAUUUUAUCAUUAUAACUACAGUAUACUGAUAUCUAACAGUAGCACUGCUGUGUGCACUAAAAUGUGAUUUCGCUUCCAACUUUGGGACUCAUAUCGUACAAUUACUGUCUGUAUGAAAUAAGGUAAUAACAGAUUAAAAGUCCAUGUAGUCAGGAAAAAAAGAUGACACUUAAGAGAAGCAACUGAUAUAAAAUAUGUAAACAUGUUUAGAUUGUGAUUCUGUUGUAGCUUGACUCAUUUUGGUAUAAUUUUUAGGUGCCCUUUUCACGGUCAUGUUUCGUGAAUUUCUAUGUUGCGGCAAUUCAAACAACUAAAUCCCAAAGAAGAAGAAAAGACAAAAGUUUUAUAAUUUGUAUCCUUCCAAUUCAAAAUUCAAAAAAUCAUGUCUUCAUAAAAUAACCACUUUUGCUGAAACCACAAACCAUAGAAUUGCUUGACAAUUAUCAUGAUUAUAGAAGCUUAUUUAAGGCUCUUUCUUUUAUAAUGCCAUUUGAAAAUGACGAGCACCCUUAUAAUUAAAUAUUGUGUGAUUUUAUACACAUCAAUUUCUAUGGUUUAAAUAAAUUUCUAUUCCAAAUGUAAAACUGUUACUUUGUAGAACGAUAAAUUAAGAUUAAAUCUUACUGUUCAAUAAAAGAUAUUAGCUAAAUAAUCCACAAGAAAUUAUAGCUUUGAAAUGAAAUAGAGAAUAAGAAAAUCUUAAGUCCUGACUGAGUUUUCUUAGCACUAAAUACUUUAUAUAAAUAUAGACUCCGGUCACCAUAUCUAUAAAAAUACUUCAGUCAAAUCACUCGUUUCAAGGACUAUUUCAGCAAAAUACACGUGAAAUCGAGGAUUGUUCUACGUUUAUUUGUCAGUUAUCUAAUUUGUAAGACAAUGACCAUUCUCCCAUCUGCGUUUCUACAUCUGGUGUGUUUUGUUGUUUUUGUUGUUAUCGUGUUGUCAGCUCACCUGAGCCAAAGGCUCAAAGUAAGCUUUUGUGACCGCUUGAUGUCCGUCGUCAGUUGUGCGUCGUCCGUUCGUCAACAACUUCUAAAAAAAUCUUCAUCAAAACCACUGGGCAGAUUUACAUCAAACUUCACUGGAAUGAUUCUUUGCUAGAUUUCUUUUAAAAUUGCCCAAAGAAUUAAAACCCAUUCAGAAAUGUGUUUGCCAUGACAACCGAAAAAAAAAAAUCUUUAAAAACCUUCUUUUCAGAAACAAUUAGCCAAAUUUCAACAAUAUUUUGUAGAAAUGAUCUCUAGGUGACCCUCUACCAAAAUUGCUUAAGCCGUUCUUUUUCAGUAAAAACAUGGCAACAAGAAGGCGGGGAUUAUUUUCCUUCAAUGGCUAUAUUGUGAAUUUCAAAAAUUUUCUUCUUCAAAACCACUGGGCAGAUUUACACCAAACUUCACAGAAAUGUUCCUUGGAUGGCCCCCUUUCAAAAUUGCCCAAACAAUUAAAACCUAUUCAGAACUCUGGUUGCCAUGGCAAACGAAAUGAAAAUCUUUAAAAAUCCGCUUCUCAGAAACUGUUAGCCGGAUUUCAAAAAUAUUUUGUAGAAAUGAUAUUAGAUGACUUUCUACCAAAAUUGCUUUAACCAUUCUAUUUCGUUAAAGAUUUGGCCGCCUGGGCGUGGGGCUUACUUUCCCAAUGUAACUAUAUAUUGCAAGUUUCAAAAAUCUUCUUCUUUGAAACCUAGAGGUUAGAUAUUUGAUAGGUGGCAUUUUCUAGUGGACUUUUACCAAUAUUGUUCAAGUUAUGAUCCCAGGGUCAAUAUUGGUCCCGCCCAGUGGUCCCUUGAAUUACAUAGAGUUUUAUAGGAAAAACAUAAAACAUGAUCUUUUCUGAAAACGAGAGGCACAGAGCUUAGAUAUUGUACAUGUGGCAGUAUGUAGUGGUCCUUUACUAAGAUUGCUCAAAUCAUGACCCAAGUUCCAUUUUUUGGCCUUCCCCAGGGUAACUUAGUUUUUAUACGAGUUAUAUAGAAAGCAAUACUUCAAAAUUUAUCUGAUCAUAUUUCUUAGACUCUUUAAUUAUAAUUACACGAUGACCCUAAGUAAUUAGGGGCCACUUGACUGUGACCUUGAUCAACUGACCUAUAUUUUUUUUUAUGAUAUAGCCUUGAAAUUUGGAUGACAUAUACAGUUUUGCACAACGAUCUUAAAACUGAAAUUCAGUUACCAUGAAUGUGACCUACUGACCUAUAUUCUUAAUAUUUUAGCAUCAGUUUGCCAUUAAAAAAUGUAGCUCAGGUGAGUGAUCCAGGGUCAUCAUGACUCUCUUGUAUUUUUAUAAGGUUUGAGAGGUUGGAUGAAGUUCUGCGAGAGACGUUUAGCUAAUAAUUGGACUUCUGUAUUAUUUCAUAUAUAUAAUGCGAAUCAAUUCAUGAACGAACUUCGUAUCACUACAAAAAAUUAGUGUGAGUGUGUGGGGGUUGAGGGAGGGGGUGGAGGCGGAGUGUUUGCGUGCAUGUGUGUGUGUGUGUGCGUGUGUGUGUGUGUUUGUGUGUGUGUGUGUGUGUGUGUGUGUGUGUUGCAGAUGUUGAUUGAUGUUGGUGAAACGUCUGUUGCAUUAUAACACAUUUAUUAUAUUGUAUUGGAAACUGCAAAAGGUCUAAAACGUGCGUCGGGUGAGAGCAUUUAUUCUAAAUAGGUCAUCAUUUGAAUCCAAGAUGGAAGACGUUCACGAAGUGAUGGUUGACAUUUUCGGGGAGGGUUAAAAUGUAAAAUAAAAUCUUUGGCACAACUUGACUUUGAACAAAAGCUCCUAGACAUCAACGUGCAAAAUAAAUUAUAUAUAUCGCAUCCUUGUUAGAAGUAUUCUUAUAACAAGGCAAAAUAAAAAAUGAGUUAUAAUACAAAGACACACAUACAUUUCAAAACGAAAAAAAAAAAAAGAAAAAGAAAAAAAAAACUAUAAAAGAAUAAAAAAGAAAAAAAGCUAUUUUACAUUACGUAUCUUACGUCUUUUAACUGGUUCCAUCGCAUAAUUGUACCCAUAAAGUAUAGGAUGUUGUAGACUUGUAGAACAUCUGUAGGAAUAACAACCGUUAGGGUAGUGAUAUAGCAGUGCUCUAAAAACAGUCUUGGAAACAUAAUAAUUGCCCGAAGUCGGAAUGAUCUUGGCCAGAAUUUUUCACUAUUGAUCGGGAAACCAUCCAAAAAGUGGUUUUAUAACAUGACAUCAAAAAAUACUGUUCUAGGACGUUUUUUUGUAGAUGUUGGCGUAUUAGCCAAGUAAACAUAUGCUGAUUAUUGACCAAUCAUAGAGCACAAGCUUUGAACCGAUGAACUAUAUGUGAUAUCCUGUAUUAACAUGAUUGUUUCAUUGAUAAGUUAUUUUUUCUGUUUGUCCAUUUGUCUGCUUACAUAUGAUCAUGUAUAUAACACUAUGAAAAUAUACCGAAUUUAGAAACAUUUUGAAAAAUAUUCUAAUCUAUGGACUUAUAUUUGAUAGAAAUAUUCAGUUUUAUAGAUAUAUGUACAUUGUAUAUGUCCAUCAUCUCUUAUUGAAACAAUAGUUCUUAAAAUAAAAAAGGUAAUAACGGUUUCAAUAUCUAAUUUAAUCGAAAUGACAACCGGUUUGUAUCCAUGACAAUUUUAAACAAAAAUGUUCGAGUUUACUACAAUAUUAUGUUAGCAUCAUUUUGGUAUUUUCUUAUUUUUGAAUAAGUUAUUUUGUGUAUUCAGUUUUGUAUGGUUUUUUUUGUAUGUUUAAGGUUUAUUGCAAUGUACCGUAAUGAUAUGGGAAAACAUGAUUUACAAGUGUUUUAAGGUGGUACCACAAUUAGAAUUUCUGUCGAAUAAAAAAAACAACAAAAAAGCCCAUGAUAUUUAGCUGAAUCCAAAAGGAAUCACUCGACUUAAUAGUUUGCUUUAUCCAUCAGAAAGGAUGCCUUUAGAUCGAGGCUUGGUACCCCUAUAACCAACAGUAAACUAAAACAAUAAAGAUUCUAACGUGACCUUAACCCUUAUCAUGCUAGACACGAUUGAUUCUCUGCCUUUGCGACCAGUGUAGAUCAUGAUCAGCCUGCACAUUCAUGCAGUCUGAUCAAGAUCUGCACUGUUCGCCAUUUAGUCAGUAUCUUUUUUGGUAAGCACCCCUUUUAACAGUUAAUAGUACUGUCCAAAUUGAAAGAUGGACAUGUUCAUUCACGAAAUUUAGAAGGGUAAGGAUUAAUGAGCUCAGCCAGACAAUUUCAAGUACAACUAUUUAACUGUUUGGAAUUUAUUUUAAUGAUAUACAUAUCAGUGGCCUACAAACAUAUCUACAAAAACAAAACAAUGCAUGUGAAGUCACGUAAGGAUUCAUGUUGUUCCAAUUUAUUCACAAUACUUUUUAUCGCUCUUGAUUUUUAAGCCUGCAUAAAAUUAUUAUAUUUUGAUUAAACUAUCUAUUUAGGACUCUGUUCUGUUGUUAAGCUUUAUUUGUAGUAAAAAUAAAUUACGCAAAACUG